AUGUCAUUCACACGCUUCCGACCAACUUCACAUUUCAUCGCACCCCACUCAUGGUCCAACGACCCAUGCGGAGCCGUCUACGUCCCAGAAACCAAAGAAUACCUCUUCUGCUACCAAUGGAACCCAGGAACCACCGAAGGCGGCAACUCUGCUUGGGGAAUGGCCAAGAGCAAAGACUUAGUGACAUGGACAGAUUGCAGUCCACCGAUCACAAACGGUGCAGCAGGAUCUUACGACCAAAAAGGUGUCUUCUCGGGGUCUAUAGUCUCGAGGGUUAUUGAUGGAAAGACGGCUUUGUUUUUGUUUUAUACGAGUGUUUCGAGACUUCCAAUACAUUGGUCAAAGGAAUAUCUCGAGGGUUGCGAAUCUCAAUCUGUGGCUUUUUCUACCGAUUACGGCGUUUCAUGGCAUCGGUAUGAGAAUAACCCGCUUCUUUCCGUGCCACCGAAGAGAGAACUGAGUACUGGAUGGCGAGAUCCGUUCGUCUCACCUUGGACGACGCUUUCGAGAUUUCUGGGCGUCGAUGAAGCGACGGACUAUAUGAUGAUUGCUUCUGGUGAGCGAGGGAGAGGUUCGGCACUUCAUCUAUACUCUUCAAAUAAUCUUCUUGGCUGGGAUUUAUGCUCAACGAUUCUCGAAGUAGAAACCAAUACUCCGGUCUCGCCGACGAGCUCGUUUAUUUGGGGAAUGAACUUCGAAUGUGCGAGCUUUUUCAAUAUUGGCGAGAGCAAUUACAUUCUUGUUGGAAUCGAGGAAGAUAUCCCUAGCACAAGACACAAUCGGCACUUGACCCUAUGGCUACGAGGAGAGUUUGUUCUCGAAAAUGGAAAACCAAAGUUCAACAUUCUCAGCCAUGGCAUGCUUGAUUUCGGUAUCCUGUAUGCAAUCCACAUAUUCCGCGACGCUGAAGGACGACUACUGCAAUUGGGAUGGGCAGAUGAGUCCGCAAACGCAAAGACAAUCAAACAGCAAGGUUGGGCUGGAUGUAUAGCUCAUCCAAGAGAGCUCUACGAGAUUUCAAAACCAAUCGCUGACAGUAUUUCCGAGGAGGAUAUCUGGUAUGUCGACGAAAAAGCUGGGAGAAUGACGGCCCUUGGUAUAAGACCAGCCCCUCAAAUUUCCCAAGUCCGCGAUUCAAGAACACAGAUCCCACUUGAGAAUUUCAAAAGCAUACGCUCUAAGAAUUACGAGAUUAAAACAACCUUCAAAAAGCCAACCGGCACAGAAGAAUUCACAUUCAACGUCCGUCAAUCUCCCAACAAAGAAGAACUCACUAAAAUCAUCUUCGACCUCGCAAACUCCACCAUAUCCGUCGAUCGCAGCAAAUCCUCCCUCGAAAACCUAGGAAGUAGCUUCACCGAAAUAGGGCGCUUCACCCUCCUUCCAGAUGAAGAUCUUGAUAUCCGGUUAUUUGUCGAUAACUCAAUUAUCGAGGUUUACGCAAAUGAUCGGUUUGCUUUGACAUCGAGGAUAUAUCCGAGUUUAGAGUCGCUGGGAGUUGAUUAUGAUUUUGGCGGGUUUGAGGAGGAGAAUGUGGGGUUUUGGUGCUGGGAAGGGUUGAAGGAUGCUUGGCCUACGAGAAGGGAGGGCUCUGUUGAGUCUUCGGCUGAAGAUGUGACUGUAGAUGAAAAGGGGGUGGUGCAGGUUAUGGAGAGACCUAUUGUUGUUGUUUGA